GGUAAAGGAACGGAUCCCCCUCUUUUUGUACACAGUCUAAAAAUACCCGCAAUAGCGAGUGAUUGGAACGAUUCCCCGCGGCAGCGUGUACCACCUGGAAAAAUGCAACACUGGAAAAAUAUCGACACAGAACACACAGUCGUUACAUCCCAUGAGAUUCAAACAAAAUGUGGUAUUUUUAGCAAUGUCUACUUGCAAGUGGGGUAUGAAAUAUAAUGGUUACCCUCGGCGUGGAAGAGCGAAUGUGUGCAGUGCAUAUAUAGCCUUAGGCUGUUCCUGUUUAGCCUUCCGCUGGUCAAGUUUAGUCAAGACACUCCAUAGAGACAACACUCUGAGUCUUUGAAUAAUAAGCGUACGAGAAUGGUGAUAUACAACGUCGACGACCCAUACUGCCAGUACACUUACGACGAAAAUGGAACGGUCGUUAACAUCACCUAUACGGGCCACAUUAGUACGUGGGAUACACCCCAAGCAGCAUGUACAGGGGUCAACCUACGAGCAGCAAACAUUGCACUCAUCCUGACAGGAAUCUUUAUCAUGACAACCGCCCUCGUCUUUUGUUGGCGGUUUCUCCUCUCUCGCCGCAAGACAACGUACAAUUACCUCAUGUUCAUCUGUCCCAUCAUCUGUCUAAUGGGCUUGUUGCUCGACCUUAUUACCGUCUCAAACUUUUCCCAAUUCAAUGGACACCCCAAUAUUGGACAUUUUCCCAAAGUGUUUUACUAUUCGAGUUGUACUCUGAUUGGAUUAGCUCAGGGUGUGCGUGUGGAGUUUUUGUUGAUUGGAUGGGGAAGAUCAAGAGUCUGGGCUCCGCGAUUUGUCAAGACGUUGCUCAUCAUUGGCGCCGUUUUCGCCAUUUGGUCCAUUGCAAGUUUUGCCGUUGGAGCGUCGUUGGGGAUCGAGAGAGCAGGGAUGAAGUAUAUUUUACCGUACACAUUUUGGUUCGUCACGGUCGGUGCCACGGACGUUACUCUAUCCGCCAUGAUUCUUCACCUCUGUUACCGUCAAACUGCCCUGUUAAGAAGUUAUGAUACCCUCACGAUAUCCGAAGUACAAACGUUUGCAGCACAAGCCAAAGUAGCCGCAGCGAUUCAAUUAAUAGGGGAUCUGACUCUCGCCAUUAUCUUCAACCUGUCAUCCGGUGGAAGUGGCGGGUUAGGUUAUACGUACUCGUACGCCUCGACCAUGUCCCUACCCUUUCAAUACACCUUCCUGCUCUACUCUAUCUUCCUCUUGCAAAAAGUCCAGCAACUCAAAAAUUCUGGACCAAGAACGGGAACGGGAACGGGAUCGGUGACUUCUGGUGGAAGCCAUUCCGCCAAUCACAACUCAUCUGUCACCCACAGUACGAGAGGGUUGACAUCGGGUGGGACAUAUACGGACGCAAUGGAGAGAAGUGUGAAAGGUGGUUUGGCGAGGGCACCGACCAUGAGGGAUACUAGAUCUGUGAGAGAGUCUGGCCCAAAAAAUGUUUGAUCAAGGGGCGCUUUGAGAGCGCUUUGAGAUAGCUAGAGUCAGAGAAAUUCUUUUAAUCCUUUUUUUCUUUCUUGUACCAAUGUUAACAGUAUUAAGUUUUGGAACUCAUGCACUUUGGAGUAGGAUUUUUCUGUUGCGCUGAAACCUACUCUUUCUGUUACUUUUUGAAAUUAGUAUAUGGGCAGGCCUUUCGGUAGUCCAAAUUAGAUCUCAUGUAGCUCGAAUAUCAUACAGAGAGGCAUAUUGAAAAUAAUACAAAUUAAUAGUCGAAUGUAAAUCUUUAA